UUUACAUCUGGCUUGACAGCUGACGGCAAAUGUCAGCGAAUACGAUUUUCGGCCGAGAACAAGGGAACACGCUGAUUUUUAUAGUUACGGAGAUUGCCGUGCAAUUUCGUGGACUCCAGUUCACAGUAACCAUUCAUCACAUUCUAUGAAGUGUAUUUCGCAGGCGAAAUGUGGAUCCAACCGAAAGAAUUGCUCUUGCCGAUGGCUUUUUGGGUCAACGAAAUAACAUCCAAAUACUUUGUGUUGCAGCGCCGUCUGGGACAUGAUCAAUCGCGGGGAUUCUCGUCUUUAUUGGUCGGAACAAUAGACAGCGUUGCGAAUAGAAAGCCGCCCCCGUUUCGAAUCUUGCAUACUCCCUCGGCAGAAAUAUACUAUGAAAUCGCAAACGCAAUUACUCAUGAAGAAAUUGUCAAGGACUGGGAGUGGCUUAAAUCUAAUCUAUUUAGAGUCCUCAAUGAAAUGGAAACAGAGGAAGAAAUCACAAACUUCACAAUUUGCAAAAUCCAAUCCCUCUAUGAAUAUACGACUAACUCCAAAGGCAACGAGGAAACAAUAGAUUCAUCAAACUUGAAAAUUGCUGCAGCUAAAUUUCGACAAGAAUUUCACAUGCCCGAAGAUGAAAACCUGGUGAAUUAUUACUCCUGCAGUUAUGUGAAAAAUAAGAUACCACGUCAAGGAUGUCUUUACAUCUCAAUGAACUAUGUGUGCUUUUAUUCGUUCAUGCUUGGAACCGAGACCAAAUUGGCAAUCCGGUUUUCUGAAAUAGUAGAAAUUAAAAAGUCGAGUACGUGGAUUUAUAUUCGUACUACUAACAAUAACAAUUACUCGUUUGGAUUGUUUCCAUUAUAUGUGAGUGAAGCACACAGACUUAUCAAUCAGCUCAAUAAGAUGGCUUUAGAUGAGAUGAUGCAGAACCCAGAAAGCCCUAAAGUGGAACAUGAAUUGUCAGGAUUUCAAAACCAAACCCGGUUGACUUCGAAGAAGCCAGGAUUACUACGUGAUCUAAAAGCGCGGCUAAAGUCAGAGGACUAUAAAAUCUUUUUUCGUCUGCCUGCAAAUGAGAUUCUUGAUGGAAAAAUUAAAGCGGAUCUGUGGACACCAUAUGCAAAAAGGUUUUCCAGUGGCAACAUCUUUUUGUCACCGAAUUUCUUAUGUUUUCGAAGCGAUGUUAAAGGCCUUGUUAAUCUUGUAAUACCAUUGAGAAUUAUCCGUAGUGCUGAGAAAAAGGAUGAUGGUCCCAGCCGUUUUGAAAACCAGAUUAUCGUCUCGACAUCAGAAAGCACCUUUCUCUUCUCAAAGAUAUCUGAACGAGAUUUUCUUCUAGAAAAAAUUUCUUCACUCUUAGCUAAUAUUCAUGUACCGGUAAGGAGUGAAAGAGAGAAAUACGAUAUGUCGUGGAGUAUACAAGCAGCCUUAAUGAACACUUUUAAAAUUGAAUUGACAGAUCAAAUGAUUGAAAAGCAAAACAUCAAGUUGAAGAAAUGGGAGGACCAUUUUCGCGAAUAUGGCAGAGGAAUAACAAUGUUUCGAACAACGGCAAUUAUCAAUCUGGUUAUUGAAGGCAUUCCUGAUGCACUGCGUCAGGAGUUGUGGAUGUUACUUUCCGGAGCUAUACAUGAAAAAGAAACUAAUCCUGGUUUAUAUGAGGAUUUAGUCGAAAAGUCUGCCUCCAAACAUACCUCUACACAUGACGAAAUAGAAAGAGAUUUACAUCGUUCGCUUCCCGAACAUCCAGCAUUCCAACAUGCUGACGGUAUUGGGGCCUUACGAAGAGUUCUACAAGCUUACGCACUUAGGAAUCAAGCGGUGGGCUAUUGUCAGGCAAUGAAUAUUGUAUCGUCGGCAUUUUUGAUAUUCUGUGAUGAAGAAGACGCAUUUUGGCUUUUAGCUAGUCUCUGCGAAAAUCUAUUGCCUGACUAUUACAAUGAUAAAAUUGUUGGAGCACAGAUUGACCAAGGUGUUUUGAAUGAACUGAUAUCUGAACACUUACCAAAUUUGCAUGCACAUUUAGAAGAAUUAGGUGUUAUUAAGAUGAUUUCGCUUUCAUGGUUUUUAUCAAUAUUUCUUAGCGUGAUUCCUUAUGAAAGUGCGCUUUACAUAAUUGACUGCUUUUUUUAUGAUGGCGCAAAAGUUAUCUUCAUUAUUGCACUAAAAAUUUUGGAGUGGAAUGAAGACAAACUGUUGGCCUGUCGGGAUGAUGGUGAGGCUAUGCAAGUAUUCAACGAGUAUUUGAACGGAAUCUAUAACAAUGAGUAUCAACUAUUGAAGAAAACGGAAAUUGUAAAACAGAGCCAAUCAGUCCAAACUCUAUUGCAUGAGGCCUAUUCCCGUUUCGGCGAGAAUAUCUCAACUCAAAAAAUUGAAGAACUUCGAAAUAAACAUCGACGUCUUACUGUUCACCAAUUCGAUGCAGACAACGAAAAUAGUAUUGUAAAGAAUUUCAAAGAUAAUAUUUACUUCGAGCCAGAAGAACUACGAUUACUCCUUGUCGCUAUCCGUGAAGAAAAGAAAAAUAUUAAAAAAAAUCAAAAGACUCUUGGUGAGUCUCCUAUUCAAUUGUCUCCACAUCCAGAAAACGACGGGAGAAUGCGGGAGAAAAUCGAAGCAUAUAAAGUUGAUUUUGAUACAUUCCGGGUAUUAUUCUGUGAGUUGACACCGUGGAGUCGAUGUCAUUCGGUUGAUCUCUCUGAGAAACUAUUUAGGCUAACUGAUAAAAAGUGCACUGGGAGUCUUGACCUCAAUCAAUUCGUUCGAGUAUUAGGCAUCGUCUGUUCAGAUAAAGAAGUAGAAAAAUUGAAACUUUUAUAUAUAUUGCAUCUGCCACCUCUUUUGUCUCGCACUGAACUUGAAAAUCCGGUCAAACCAGAAAAAGAAAAAGAAGGCCCUGAAGUCGCAGUUGAAGCCGAAGAUUUUUUCAGCGAUGAUCCAUCGGAGUCAAUCGAAGCUUUACCAUCACCAACGGAUCAUAACUUCAUCGAGGGUUCGCGUCUAAGCACAGAUCAAAGAAAUGAUGCAGCAAAUGACACAUCAAACUAUUCCUUAAACUCACAAAAUGCGCGAACUUCAACAUUUUAUGUAGAUUUACCCGAGUUAAGUGCAAAGGAUCGAUUUGAGUCGAUAGAUACAUUCUCUGACAUCAGUGAUUUAGGUGCGAAACCAGUAAAUUUCGAAACAAUCUCAAAUCUUUCGCAAAUUAGCGAUCUCAAUGUGAUGAAAUUGGAAAAUCAACCAUCGAGCACGUCAUCAUUCGAUACUAAAAGUUUAUCGAGUUUACGAUUCAUUUUCGAUCAAUCUGAAUCUCAACAGCAAAUUCCUGAUAUGAAACGAGCAAAUUUUCAUGCAUUGUGGAAGAGUUUAACGGAAAUUGUUGGUGCAAGUGAUGCAGAAAUGGAAAAAGCAUACACUGAUUUGAUAACAAUAGGGGAAACCUACGCAAAUAGUGACAAAGAAGAAAGUCUGGACAGUUUCACACAGUUGGGUAUUCCUGGCUCAUCAGAUGAGGCUGAUAACAACGGCAACACAACACUUUCGCCUACAACAGAACCUAGUUCAUCAAUUGCAUCAUCCUGUUUUGCAGCCAUCGAAACUCAUAGGACUUCUGACGCGUCUGUUUCACAAGAUAAAUGGCAAAUUCAUAUAAAUCAAUUUAUUCCGACGGUAAUUGCUGUUAAGUCUAUAUCCGACUGUUUCGGCAAGCAUGUCUCGUUGAAAGAAAGUAUUGAAAAAAUGCAAAAGAAUCGAAGAAAGUGCGUUCCAAUGAAAUAUUAGAGCAAACAUUUACACAGACUAAAAAAUAAAAAUAAUAAUCAAGAUGGGUUUUGUAUUAAAAAUUAUUAUCAUUAUUUUACAAUUAUUAUUGUUUUUAUACGAAGAUAUAUUUUACAAAAAAUUUUAGUGAGAAAUUUCUGUGCAUGAUAUUAUACUUCAUGAUGCCAAGAGUAAAAGUUUAUUUUUUUCUAUUAUGCAAUUUGUAAUUGAUUUUCAUUUUUGCAAAUAUAAACCAAAAAAUAUUUUUCUAUUAAUAUUCUGAUUGCGCGAACACACUUGCUUCGAGCGUAAUGUGUAUUGUUAGUUGAAUAUACUAUAAAUGUCUAUAAAAUUGUAAUAGUAAAAUACAAUAUUUUAGAUUAUGAA